CCUUAUGACGAAAAUCCAAUUACGCGCCUUGCUGGCGUGGAUAUUAGUCAUGAAGUAUUGGAAGUAACGAGGAAAAUUUGUCAACCGCGUGAUCAUGAACGGGAAUACUUGAGAAUAAGUCCAUUAACUGUAGAUUUAUAUUGUGGAAGCAUCGAUGUGGCUGACGAAAGGUUACUCGGGUUUGAAGCUAUCGUGUGCAUGGAAGUGAUAGAGCACGUUUAUCCACCCGUGCUGGACAAAUUUUUUGAUGCUGUUUUGGGAGCCUAUAAACCCAAAAUUCUAAUCGUCACUACACCCAACGUCGAAUUUAAUGUCUACUUUCCUCAGUUAAAAUACGGAACUCCCGAGGCGACAUUCAGAAUCGAUGAUCACAAGUUUGAAUGGAGCAGACGAGAGUUUCAAGAAUGGUAA